CCGGCCGCGGCGGCGGCGGUGGCGGCGGCGGCGGCGAACCGGGGAGCGGGCCCGCGGUUCGCGCUAAGAUGGCCGCUCCGGCUCGGGCCGUUUUCAGGUGCUUCAGGUGUUGUGAACAGACUUGUUUGGAUUAUGUGUUUCCCGGAUGGACUAAAUGAAUGUUAAUGAUGGAUACGUGCAAACACAUUGGGCAGUUGCAGCUUGCUCAAGACCAUUCCAUCCUCAGCCCUCAGAAGUGGCAUUGUGUGGACUGCAGUACGACCGAGUCCAUCUGGGCCUGCCUCAGCUGUCCCCACGUCGCCUGUGGACGCUACAUUGAAGAGCACGCACUCAAGCACUUUCAAGAAAGCAGUCAUCCUGUUGCGUUGGAAGUGAACGAGAUGCAUAUUUUCUGCUACCUCUGUGAUGAUUAUGUCCUGAACGACAAUGCAACUGGAGACAUGAAGUUACUACGGAGUACGUUAAGUGCAAUCAAAAGUCAAAAUUACUGCACCACUCGUAGCGGAAGGGUUUUACGACCGAUGGGCACCAGUGACGAUUCUUACUUCUUACACGAUGACGCCCAGCCUCCACUUUGGAGUGAGGGUCAGGUGUGUGCUGCUCUUUGGCACCGGAGGAGAGUGCUCCUGGGGAAAAUCUUUCGCACUUGGUUUGAACAGUCACCCAUUGGAAGAAAGAGGCAAGAAGAGCAAUGUCAGGAAAGCAUAGGAGCAAAAAGGGAAGUGAAAAAAAGGCAGCAAGAACUGUUAGACUAUCAAGUAGAAGCAGAAUGGGAAGGUUCGCCUCCCAGAAAGAGCGUACGUUUGCAUGGUGCAGCUCUGUCCACCAUGACGGAGACUGCUCCUGUUCAGCUCCCGCCACAAACCCCAGCAUCUCCAGCGAAGGAGAAAAUCGCACCUCCUACCUCAGAAGACGGAAGGUGGAAGAAAGCUGGUGACGCCUCAGCUAAACGAAGGCCGGUGGUAACUCCUGGUGUAACCGGAUUGAGAAAUUUGGGGAAUACUUGCUAUAUGAAUUCUGUUCUUCAAGUACUGAGUCAUUUACUUAUUUUUCGGCAGUGUUUUUUAAAGCUUAAUCUGAACCAGUGGCUGGCUGUGACUGCUGGUGAUAAGACAAGAUCUUACAGCCACCCUUCCGUGACAGAUGCCAUGGUGUAUCAGAUGAGUGAGUGCCAAGAAAAAGAGCCAGGCUUCCUGUGCUCCCGACACCCAAGUAUACCCUCAGGACUGAGUGGUGGGGCAUCAAAAAGUAGAAACAUGGAGCUUACUGAACCAAGGGAGCCAAGUCCACAAUACUUCUCUCUCUGCCACGAAUUGCAUACCUUAUUCCAGGUCAUGUGGUCUGGAAAGUGGGCCCUGGUCUCCCCGUCUGCCAUGCUGCACUCGGUGUGGAGGGUGAUUCCUGCAUUUCGUGGUUAUGCCCAGCAAGAUGCUCAGGAAUUUCUUUGUGAACUUUUGGAUAAAAUACAAAAUGAACUAGAGACAACGGGUAGGGUGCCAGCGCUUCUCCCCACUUCUCAAAGGAAACUUAUCAAGCAAGUUCUGAAUGUUGUAAAUAAUAUUUUUCAUGGGCAGCUUCUUAGUCAGGUUACAUGUCUUGCAUGUGACAACAAAUCAAAUACCAUAGAACCUUUCUGGGACUUGUCAUUGGAAUUUCCAGAACGAUACCAGUGCAGUGGGAAAGAUGCUACCUCACAGCCAUGUUUGGUUACUGAGAUGUUGGCCAAAUUCACAGAAACCGAAGCUUUAGAUGGAAAAAUCUACGUAUGUGACCAGUGUAACUCGAAGCGUAGAAGGUUCUCCUCCAAGCCAGUCACACUCACCGAAGCCCGGAAGCAGCUCCUGGUCUGCCGCUUGCCGCAGGUUCUCAGGCUACACCUCAAGCGGUUCAGGUGGUCAGGACGUAAUAACCGAGAGAAGAUCGGUGUUCAUGUCGGCUUUGAGGAGAUCUUAAACAUGGAGCCCUAUUGCUGCAGAGAGACCUUGAAGUCGCUCAGACCUGAAUGCUUUCUGUACAACCUGUCUGCCGUGGUGAUGCACCAUGGGAAAGGGUUCGGCUCGGGACACUACACUGCCUACUGCUAUAACUCUGAAGGAGGCUUCUGGGUGCACUGCAACGACUCCAAGCUGAGCAUGUGCACCACGGCCGAGGUGUGCAAGGCCCAGGCCUACAUCCUGUUCUACACCCAGCGCGGCCCCGAGACCGGACAUCUGGAGCCCCCAGCGGACAGCCAGCACCCCAGUGAUGCCGCAGACGCCCCUUCUCCAGCUGACCAGGAUGGCGGUUUACUUCCUGAAAUCUGUACACAGACUUUGUAAAGGGCUGUUAAAAUUUUGAGCUUUUUUAACUUACAAAUCAGUGCACACUACAUUUAUACAUUUUGUAUUUAACAAAACUUUUUUACAGAGACAAAACACAAAUACAUGUUUUUCAAGUGCUUGGUUAUUUUAAACUGUUUACCUCAGGCUCAUGUUACCUCUUACCUUGGAUGUCUUAAUUGGCUCACAUCAUGAAUUUGUGCAAUCUACUAAAGAAAUGCAGGGAGGCAUUUUAUAUACAUUUGUUUAUCUUUUGUAGCUGCUUUCUAUACAAACUGUAAAUAGAUGGAAAAUUGGACAGUUUCUUCACAAAUAGUCUUAACCAAAAAAAGGACAAGGACAUUUCUUGCAGGCCAUUUGUAUACUGAAGUCACUUUGCCUUGUGAAGGGAGCUAAGCUAAGGCACUGAAAGCAGAAUAUGAAGGCAUCACUUAUACUCGGCAGUCACCCUCGCUGACAUUCCUGAGACUCUGCACAUGACGGGGCUCAGAAGAGACUUUAAUUUGGUUAAUGGAAUUUGAUUUAAAAUGUUAACAAUUGGAGGCUGAGGCAGGAGGAUCGCUGUGAGUUCGAGGCCAGCCUGGGCUACAUAGUGAGCCCCAAUCUCAAAAAACGAACAACAAAAAUUUUAACAGUUGUUCUUUAUUUGGCAUAGUCAAACUAUAUCUAAAUGAAAAGGGCAGAUUUACAAAUGUAUUUUUAAGUGAACUUUGUAACUAUGGAUCCAAAAAGAAAAGGAGGGCUGGGACUUACUUGAAUUUACCAAACCAGUAUGUGCUGUUAUCUUUGGGUAGGAGUUCAUUCUGUAUGUUUGAUUACAUUAGAUCUCUUAAAGCUUUGUAUAGCUUGAGAUUGUUAGUUCCAGGGAAUAAAAAAGUCUUGAAAAAAAACA